AUCGCGUCGUGCCACCCCAUUUCCAGAGAGGACACAGCCUUUUCUCAUCCCUCUUCCUCUCUUAACUCUCAUUUCUCUUCUUCCAUUUCUUAUUUCUUACUUUAUUUUUAUUUUUGUUUCCGUCUCUGUGUUUCUGAAUUCAAAUUUCUGAUUUUGUUUUGCUUAACUGUGUCUUCAAGCUGAGAUUAGAGAGAGAGUGAGUGAGUGAUUUGAAUUUGUGAUUUUCCGGGGAAAGAGAAGUGUAUCGUCGUUGCCGGAAGUUUUUCUUUGGACUCAUCGUCGUUGAGAGAGGCGAGUGAAAAAGGUGGUUGGCAUUUAGUGUGAAGCAUUUGGUAAUCGGUGGAUCUGAGUUUGGGGGAUGUGGUGGAUGAUGGGUGAAGCUGGUGGACAUUACUGUUCUAAGAAGACUGAUGAUAUCUGCGGCGGUGUUUGUAGUCAGGAACCUGGAAGAUUCUUCAGCUUUUCUAGACUUUGUUGUGCUCUUCGUGGGGUUGAUAUGAGGACAUAUAUCUUCCUUUUAGUCAUUGUUCCUACAUGUGUACUCGCUGGUUAUGUCCACGGCCAGAAGAUUUCUUACUUUCUUCGGCCAUUGUGGGAAUCGCCACCUAAACCUUUUCAUGACAUUCCUCAUUACUACCACGAGAACGCUUCUAUGGAGACUCUUUGUAAACUCCAUGGCUGGGGUGUGCGAGAAUACCCUAGACGAGUUUAUGAUGCCGUUUUGUUCAGUAACGAGCUUGACAUCCUCGCUGUUCGUUGGAGAGAAUUGUUUCCUUACAUCACUCAGUUUGUCCUCCUCGAAUCAAACACAACAUUCACUGGGUUGCCAAAGCCUCUUGUGUUUGCUGCACACCGAGAUGAGUUUAAGUUUAUUGAGUCACGCUUGACUUAUGGUACUGUUGGUGGAAGAUUUGUCAAAGGGCAGAAUCCUUUUUACGAAGAGGCAUAUCAGCGGGUUGCUUUAGACCAGCUUCUGAGAAUCGCCGGCAUUACUGAUGAUGACUUGUUGUUAAUGUCUGAUGUUGAUGAGAUUCCAAGUAGACACACCAUAAACCUUUUGAGAUGGUGCGAUGAGGUCCCGAAGAUCCUUCAUCUGCGGCUCAAGAACUAUCUUUAUUCGUUUGAAUUCCUAGUUGAUAACAAGAGCUGGAGAGCAUCCGUGCAUAGAUAUGAAACGGGUAAAACACGGUAUGCUCAUUAUCGACAGUCUGAUGAAAUCUUGGCGGAUGCAGGAUGGCAUUGUAGCUUUUGCUUUCGACGGAUCAGUGAGUUUAUAUUCAAGAUGAAAGCUUAUAGCCAUAAUGAUAGAGUGAGGUUUGGUCAUUUCUUAAAUCCUAAGAGAGUUCAAAGAGUUAUAUGCAAAGGAGCUGAUCUUUUCGAUAUGCUCCCCGAAGAGUACACCUUCAAGGAGAUAAUAGGGAAAAUGGGUCCAAUCCCACAUUCUUUCUCAGCGGUUCAUCUUCCUUCAUAUCUCCUGGAAAACGCAGAUAAGUACAGAUUCCUCUUACCGGGAAAUUGCAUAAGAGAUAGCGAAUGAUAGAGAUUGAAUCUUCAGCACAUGGAGUCUUAACUUCUCGUUCAUCUUAAGACCUCUACAUUGAGAGGAAACAAAAGCUGGCUUGAAUCCUCCUCCGGACUAAUAACACUUACACAACUGAUAUAUAAUCUCUGCAAUUUUGUCUGAGGCGUAUUGGUGUCGGUGAAUGCUGCAGAGUUUUUCAUCAGGCACUUUGAGAGGAUUAUUAAAGGGUGAAGAUUUUUGUAUAUAGAUAGAUCUCUUUGUUUCUUCAGGAUUCUGAUUUCGCAUCAGGCAUGAAAACCUUCAUUCUCUGUGACUGUGCAUCAUCAAACAUGAGUUUGUGUUCUUCUGAGUUUCCCCUUUUGGGAAGUUUUGCAUCAAGACACUCUUUACUUACCCUUUUUGUACAUCUCCUUCUCCUUUUCCUGAUUUCAUUGGGUUUGUUAUGUAUACGAGGAUUGGUGUUUUUCAUGUGUCCA